CUGCAGCUAAAGCGUUGUAACCCAAAGACAUUUUCUCUGCUCGCAUGUUUGUUUGUUUUUUGUUGUUGUUGUUUAUUUCCAGAAAGCCUGAGUGAGACACAAGUAUGGCCAAAGAGACAUCCUAAAGCUUUAUAUCUGUCACCAUGUGCUGUCCGACGCUAGAACCUAUAUACAGAUUAUAUCUGGCAGCACAAAACACAAAAAUUACUCAAAAUAUCGGCAAACGACAGAGAACAGAAGGCAUGGAUUAUCCGGAUUCGUUUGAAAUUAAUGGCCAUGAGUUCGUACAUGGUAAACUCCAAAUAUGUGGAUCCCAAAUUUCCUCCAUGCGAAGAGUAUUCGCAGAACAGUUAUAUACCUGAGCAGGGCUCUGGAUACUACAGUCCAUCGCGGGACACUGAUUUCCAGCAUCCAGGGAUCUACUCACGUUCAAACUACUCGGAGCAGCCCUACAGUUGUAAUACUGUGCAUGGCUCAACACAACCGUCGCGGGGUCAUGUGCAGGAGCAAGGCAGCCAUCCUGGAUCUUUAUCCUCUCAAAGCGAGCAGUGCUCUCCGAUUCAAAUAUCUGGCCCGAGGACUUGUGACCAACAACAAAACACAAAGAAUCAGAACGGGACAACCAGGCAACCUGCAAUAGUUUAUCCCUGGAUGAAGAAAGUCCAUGUCAAUACGGUGAACCCAGAUUUCACAGGACCGGAACCCAAGCGCUCGCGGACAGCCUACACGAGACAGCAGGUUUUAGAACUAGAAAAGGAAUUUCAUUUUAACAGGUAUCUAACCAGACGGCGUCGCAUCGAAAUAGCGCACACUCUUUGCCUCUCUGAGCGACAGAUCAAAAUCUGGUUUCAGAACCGAAGAAUGAAAUGGAAAAAAGAUCACAAACUACCCAAUACGAAGGGAAGGUCGACAUCGGCUACAAAACACGUUCAGAAGGACAGCCAAACAGACAUAACAACUUUAUAAAAGAAUGGAAUCAUCUUACCCCAGAAGUACAAAUGGACUGUAUGAUAAACAGUAUUUCGUUGGUCUUUGCAUGGUUUUAAAUCCUGACAUUCCAAACUUUAAGCUAUUUAAUAUGAAGCAGAAGCACACAUCAUUACCAAACGCAGUAUGAACGGAUAUCGCAUCGAAAGGUGCUUAAAUACAAUUUAAAUAUUGUAUAUAUAUAAAGUGACAGAGGGCAUCACAACAUGAUUUACGGGCAGUCAUAAGGUAUAUUUUAAAUUCUUCAAUUAAAAAAUUGCAUUAUAUGAAUGAAAGCAAGUGAAAUUUAGAAAUCACAUUCGUUUCAUGAUUGCUGUUAUAUUUGCCUUGUAGUCAUUAAUCUCCUAAAUGUAUUAUGGCCUGUGAUCAUUUCGAUAAAUUAUUUUUAAUCGAAAGAAGUGGUUUAUGACUUUAGCUAAAAUGUAUUAAAACCAAGCCUGAAAAUAUUCGCAAUUAAUUUACAAAUAUGGUUAAAAAUUCGUUUCCCGUAUUAAAAAUUCUAAAAUGAUUUAAACAUGGCUAGGGCUAAACAAAACUAUUAUAUUUCUGUCUUUAAAAAAUACAAAGGUUUUAUAGCAUUCGUUACUAAAUUCAUAGCGAUAUGGAAAGAACAAAAUAAAGCGUUCUUUGAAAAUGACUCUAAAACAGGAAGCGCAGCAUUUGAAAUCUAUUUUACUUUGUUGACCAUAGUAUUGGAUGCCUUGAAGGUUAUAAAUCUCACUUGACAGUUUUGUAAACAAUGUACAAUUAAAGCAGCUGUAUAUCUGUCUUCCAGAUGUCAUCAGAAAUUCCUAAAUAAUAGUUCAUUUAUUAUUUCACGUACUUCUGGGUUUGAGCUAAACUUUUUUGUAUCUUUAUUUUUUAUUUAUUAAAUGCCAGAAUGAGAAUGUUGAGAGUUCUUGUUUUUAAUGUGUAUGUGAAUUCAAGUUGUCGUUCCUUAAAUAUAUUAUGUUUAGUUAGAAGAAGUGCAUUAUUUUUUAAUUCUAUAUAUUUCUGUAUUUUAUGUAUAUUUUCUACGAGCAAAAUUUUCUAGUAAAGGAAUAAUAGAGCUCAACAAGAAAACGUUUAUUCUCAGAUCACGGAUACCCUGUUGCAAUAAGACACAAUGUGUAUAGUUCGCUAAAAGAAAAUAGGUCUGCUGUUUUUUGGUUCUAUUAAGAUUUUAUUUUGAGCAACAGUCCUGGGCUUCAGCUCUAAAAAUGUGAGAGGAGGUAUUCACAUCGUGAUUAAAGAUUGACUGUUCUACUGUUA